CCAUCAAUCCAAUUCAUCACAUGACAGUAACAUAUCACGGGUGUGGAUGCUAAUUUUUGCACUCUCAAAAAAUUGACUCUUAACAACUGUAAAUACGUAAGUUUAGGCUGGACAGUUGCUGGAGGUUCUGAUCGUCUGGGAUUGAUUUUUUGAACUGAAGAUGAGAUACAUACUAGGAGCAUCAUUCUUCGGCACUUCCACUGCAACAAUAACAGUAUUAACGCUGUACCAUGUAUUCACGGGAAAAGGCGAAAAAGUCAGCAUUGCUUGGUUCUUGGGAGAAACGAGUCCCUAUAUGUGGACUACCCUGGGCAUUGGACUUGCUGUGUCUCUCUCUGUGGUUGGAGCUGCUUUGGGUAUUCAUACCACAGGAACAUCAAUUGUGGGCGGUGGUGUAAAGGCACCUCGCAUCAAAACCAAAAAUUUAAUCUCAGUCAUUUUCUGUGAGGCUGUUGCCAUUUAUGGACUCAUCACUGCGAUUGUACUCUCCCAGGGGCUUGAGGACUUUUCCUGGCAGAAAGCAAUGGAUGAUCCAGACAUAAGAGGCCACAACUGGCUGUCUGGUUACUUAAUGUUUGGUGCUGGUUUAGCAGUUGGCCUCGUCAAUCUGUUCUGUGGUAUAGCUGUAGGAAUUGUUGGCUCAGGAGCUGCACUGUCUGAUGCUGCUAAUUCAGCUUUGUUCGUUAAAAUUCUCAUUGUAGAAAUUUUUGGUUCUGCAAUUGGUCUCUUUGGCCUUAUUGUUGGCAUUUAUAUGACUUCGAGAGUUAAAAUGGGUAACAAGCCUUAAUUACGGACGAGAAAAUAGAUGAAGGAGAACUUAAUUCAUCUCAUCAAGUAGCUGAACCAGAAUUGACGCACCACAUGAGUAUAAUUACCACUUCAACCAUUGAGUGACGAAUUCCUUGUGGCUUCAAUUAACGAGUUCCAAUGUCAAGAAAAUAUCCAGAGCUUUUUUGCUAUUGUAUAUUCACAUGUGUUGCUUCUGUCCCUUAAUAUUGCUGUAAAAAACGUCUGUUUGAAGAAUUAUCAAUCUUAUUAAUGUUUAAUCUCAAGAAUCAUUCGUACUUUGCAUAUACAUUAUCUUUCUGAGUCUUCUAUUCCUUCAUUACGUAUCAAUUAUAAAUUCAUUUGAAAAAUGGUACAGUUCUCCGUCUCCAAGUAUACAUUGCACAAUUUACGUUGGAGAACAAAACUAUAUAGAAAAGCAUUCAUGGACCGCACGAGUUUAACGUUAUGAAGAUGAUUGUAAAAGUAGAUGCCGCUCAAUGUCGGAAAUACAGAAAUAUGUUAUAAGUUAUUAAAAUUUGUUAAUUGUAA